CAGGCUCUUAAAUCUGAUCUACAAUGGAAAAAUUCCUUUUUUACCUGUUUUUCAUUGGCAUCGCAGUGAAAGCUCAAAUCUGUCCAAAACGUUGUGUCUGCCAGAUUUUGUCUCCUAAUCUUGCAACCCUUUGUGCCAAGAAAGGGCUUCUAUUUGUUCCACCAAACAUUGACAGAAGAACUGUGGAACUGCGGUUAGCAGACAAUUUUGUAACAAAUAUCAAAAGGAAAGAUUUUGCCAAUAUGACCAGCUUGGUGGACCUGACUCUAUCCAGGAAUACAAUAAGUUUUAUUACACCCCAUGCUUUUGCUGAUCUACGAAAUUUGAGGGCUUUGCAUUUGAAUAGCAACAGAUUGACUAAAAUCACAAAUGAUAUGUUCAGUGGGCUUUCCAAUCUCCAUCAUUUGAUAUUGAACAAUAAUCAGCUGACUUUAAUUUCUUCUACAGCAUUUGAUGAUGUCUUUGCCUUGGAGGAGCUGGAUCUGUCCUAUAACAAUCUGGAAACAAUUCCUUGGGAUGCUGUUGAGAAGAUGGUUAGUUUGCAUACCCUUAGUUUGGACCACAAUAUGAUUGAUAACAUUCCUAAGGGAACUUUCUCCCACUUGCACAAGAUGACUCGGCUAGAUGUAACAUCAAAUAAGUUGCAGAAGCUACCACCUGACCCUCUCUUUCAGCGAGCUCAGGUACUAGCAACCUCAGGAAUCAUAAGCCCGUCUACUUUUGCAUUGAGUUUUGGUGGAAACCCCUUGCAUUGCAAUUGUGAGUUGUUGUGGUUGAGACGUCUGUCCAGAGAAGAUGACCUAGAAACCUGUGCAUCUCCAGCACUUUUAACUGGACGCUAUUUUUGGUCAAUUCCUGAGGAAGAGUUUUUGUGUGAGCCUCCCCUCAUCACUCGUCACACACAUGAGAUGAGAGUCCUGGAGGGUCAAAGGGCAACACUGAGGUGCAAAGCGAGGGGAGAUCCUGAGCCUGCAAUUCACUGGAUUUCUCCUGAAGGGAAGCUUAUUUCAAAUGCAACAAGAUCUCUGGUAUAUGAUAAUGGAACACUUGACAUUCUUAUAACAACUGUAAAGGAUACGGGUGGUUUUACCUGUAUUGCUUCCAAUCCUGCAGGAGAAGCAACACAAACAGUAGAUCUUCAUAUAAUUAAGCUUCCCCACCUUUUAAACAGUACAAACCAUAUCCAUGAACCUGAUCCUGGCUCUUCAGAUAUCUCAACUUCUACUAAGUCAGGUUCUAAUGCAAGCAGCAGUAAUGGUGAUACUAAAAUUAGUCAAGAUAAAAUUGUGGUGGCAGAAGCAACUUCGUCAACAGCACUACUUAAAUUUAAUUUUCAAAGAAAUAUUCCUGGCAUACGUAUGUUUCAAAUCCAAUACAAUGGUACUUAUGAUGACACCCUUGUUUACAGAAUGAUACCUCCUACAAGCAAAACUUUUCUGGUCAAUAAUCUGGCUGCUGGAACUGUGUAUGACUUGUGUGUCUUGGCCAUCUAUGACGAUGGUAUCACUUCCCUCACUGCCACAAGAGUCGUGGGUUGCAUCCAGUUUACUACGGAGCAGGAUUAUGUCCGUUGCCAUUUCAUGCAGUCCCAGUUUUUGGGAGGCACCAUGAUUAUAAUUAUUGGUGGCAUAAUUGUAGCAUCUGUGCUGGUUUUCAUCAUCAUUCUAAUGAUCCGGUAUAAGGUUUGUAACAAUAACGGACAGCAUAAGGUCACCAAGGUUAGCAAUGUUUAUUCUCAAACAAAUGGGGCUCAAAUACAAGGCUGCAGUAUAACACUGCCACAGUCCGUGUCCAAACAAGCUGUGGGACAUGAAGAGAGUGCCCAGUGUUGUAAAGUUGCCAGUGACAAUGUGAUCCAGUCUUCAGAAACUUGCUCAAGUCAGGACUCUUCUACGACUACCUCUGCUUUGCCUCCUACCUGGACUUCAAGCACGUCUGUGUCCCAAAAGCAGAAAAGAAAGACUGGCACAAAGCCAAGUACCGAACCACAGAAUGAAGCUAUCACAAAUGUUGAGUCCCAAAAUACUAACAGGAACAACUCAACUGCACUGCAGUUAGCUAGCCGACCUCCUGAUUCUGUCACAGAGGGGCCCACAUCUAAAAGAGCACAGACCAAGCCAAAUGCUUUGCUGACUAAUGUUGACCAGAAUGUCCAGGAAACACAGAGGCUGGAGUUAAUCUGAAGAGCACCACUUCUGUCUCUCCUGAAAAUAGUUGCCACUGAUAUUUUUACUGGAUAAAAUUUAAAGAUAUUUCAGUUCACAAGGCUAAUUGUUGAACUGUUGUCCAUGAAGAAAUUGUCCACAGGAGCUUGGGUGGAAGUCUCUGAUGCUGGCAGAAUUGGCUUCAUCAGACCAUGUUCAUCCCCUUUUAAAAACAAUUUUUUUUCUUCUGGUUUACAAGUAUUUUUUUUUUAAGAAGGAAAGAGACAAAAACAAACAACACAAAUCUACAUUGGCAUCAAGUUCUGUAUCAAUCCAUCUUACAUUACCAUCCAUGAUUUAACAGACUGUAGAAUCUUGAAUACUCUAUAUCACUUUAACAAAUAAAUGUUUUACUAUUACAGAA